AUGGCGUCCUCGACAGUAGCAAAGACGCACUGCGCUCCAUGUGGUAAAUUAACAGGUAUCUUCACAUGCCGUGGAUGCGCCAAAGAUUUUUGUACACGUCAUGUGAGUGAACACAGGCAGAUGCUCGGAAAACAAAUGGACGAAGUCAUUCUAGAGCAUGAUCAACUGCGUCAAAAAUUGGAUGAAUUUAUGGCUGAUCCUAGAGUACAUCCUCUAAUGAUAAAAGUCGAUGAAUGGGAACGAGAAUCAAUUGAUAAGAUUCGUCAGGCUGCCAGUGCUGCUCGACAACAACUAUCGAAUAGGAUUCGAGAUACAAACAAAGAAAUCGGUGAUUUAAAACUUCUCAGUCAGGAAUUGACCAAAGCUCGUGACGAAGAUGAUUUUGUUGAGACAGAUUUAACAACAUGGAUAGAAAAACUUGAGAAGCUGUAUAAAGAUUUUAAUGCACCCGAUACUAUACAGAUUCUACAAGAUGAUAAUGAGAAGCCUUUUAUCUCCAAGAUUACUAUUAGUGCUCGAGAAUCGAUAGAAAUAUUUGAACUGUCCGCUGGUUGCACGCGAAUCGAAGACAAUGGUCAAGUAAUGGUCCAUAACCGAUCAGCUAAUCAUGGAUCAGUAUGUGGCAAAGGUCAAUAUUCAUCCGGACAGCAUAAAUUCCGUUUUGAAUUCGAGCAGUUUAGUCCACAGAAUUGGGCUUUCUUUGGCAUCAUACCUAAAAGUUCUAUUAUAAAAGACAGCUCUUGGAAUACUCCAACAGUUUACGGAUGGACAACAAACUGGAAUGUCACUCGUAAUGGUACUCAAGAAGGAGUAACAGUGGCAACUAGAAGCGACAUAAACAAAAACGAUAUAUUCGAAUUAUUAAUGGAUUGUGAUCGACGAACAAUACGCUUAACAUGCGUCAAAAUGCCAACCACUGCUACACAUCAGCUAGAUGUUGACAUUGCUCUGUGUCCCUUUCCGUGGAAAAUUUUUCUUGGACUUCAAUCAUCAGUAGGAGAUCGUAUUAGAAUACUAUGA